UGACGCGAGAUAGUGGUUUCCAAUUGUAUAACAACAUCAAAAUCUGAAAGCAGACACAGCAAAGUGUUCAUUCCGUCCUAAACAAACAAACAAACAAAGGAACAAAACAAACAAUAAUAAUUUAUACAACCACCUUUGUCAUGUUCUUCUGUUCUUUUCCUGCUGUUAAUUAGUAUAUCACCACCACCACCCUUCCUUCUCUUGCUUUGUAGCUCUUCACAAAGUACACAGGUUUUUUACAUACAUUUGUGAUUUUGACUUUUUCCUUUACUUCAUGGGGAAUCCUCCUGAGGCCACUGCAACCUCUGAGAUUGAAAUUGAUGGUGAUUUUAAAGUUCAUGUGUUCUCUUCAUCAUCUGAGUUACUAGAAAAGCUACAUCAAACAUGGAGUUCAGUGGAGAAACAACCAUAUCCAGCUAUGUAUUCUAGUGUAUAUGGAGGUAUCAUACUUGAUCCAGCAAUGAUGGUAAUCCCAAUAGAUGAUCACAUGGUACAUAGAGGCCAUGGUGUGUUUGAUACUGCUAUUAUUUUCGAAGGGCACCUCUAUGAGUUGGAUGUUCACCUUGACCGUUUCUUAAGGUCAGCCUCAAAAGCAAAGAUAUCCUCGCCUUUUCCGCGAUCAACUCUUCGCAGCAUUCUAAUACAACUAACGGCAGCAUCAAAAUUGAAGAAAGGAACUCUAAGAUACUGGUUAAGUGCAGGUCCUGGAGAUUUCUUAUUGUCAUCUUCAGGAUGUCCAACACCUGCAUUCUACGCAGUAGUAAUUGAUCAUGAUUUCUCUCAGUGCAAAGAAGGUGUCAAAGUGAUUACUUCCAGUGUACCAAUGAAGGCACCGUUAUUCGCCACAAUGAAAAAUGUGAACUAUCUUCCUAAUGUACUUUCAGUAUUGGAAGCUGAAGAGAAAGGUGCAUUUGGUUCUAUAUGGAUUGAUGAGGUUGGUUAUAUUGCUGAAGGACCAAAUGUGAAUGUUGCUUUCAUAACCCAAGAAAAGGAACUUGUUAUGCCUUUUUUUGAUAACAUUUUAUAUGGUUGCACUGCUAAAAGGCUUCUUGAACUUGCACCAAAGUUGGUUGAUCAAGGUGUUCUGAAAAGUGUAACAACAAAAAAUAUGACUGUGGAUGAAGCUAGAGGUGCUGUUGAAAUGAUGUAUGUAGGAAGCACACUUCCUGUCUUGCCUAUCAUCAUGUGGGAUGAUCAACCAAUUGGUGAUGGUAAGGUUGGAGAAUUAACAAUGUUACUUUCGGAUUUGCUAUGGGAUGAUAUGGUAGCUGGCCCUGACACACAGAGAAUACUUGUUCCUUAUGUUUAAUGAACCUACAAAAUCAUUUGGGAAUACAUGUUCCUUAUGUUCCUUGUUGUAUUGAUUUACAAUGUAGUUUCUGUUUUGUAUUUGCAUUAUGUAGUUCAAGUGUGAACAAGUCCUUUAAGUGAAGCAAUAAAUAAAUAGUCCUUGAAGUUUUUCAUGUUGUUGUAAACAAGAUUUUGCACUAUAGUGUGCAGACUCAUAUUUGAAUAUUUCUAUGUUCUUUGCUACUA